AUGCGCUUCCGUCCAUGCAUCGAUAUUCACGCUGGCGAGGUCAAGCAGAUUGUCGGUUCUACACUCACGGACAGUAAAGAUGCAGAACCUGUCACGAACUUUGUAGCUUCACAAAGUGCUGGUGAUUUUGCCCGAAUGUACAAGACCAAUAACUUGAUUGGUGGUCAUGUCAUCAUGUUGGGUACAUCACAAGUCAAUACAAAUGCAGCUUUGGAGGCUUUAGAGGCUUAUCCCGGUCGACUCCAAGUAGGCGGUGGUAUAAAUGCCGACAAUUGCCAAUUUUUCAUUGAAAAAGGUGCAAGUCACGUGAUUGUCACGUCAUACGUGUUUCGAGAUGGUCAAAUUGACUUUGAUCGGCUCGAGAAGCUCAAGCAGCUCAUUGGCAAAGAACAUUUGGUGCUGGAUCUGAGCUGUCGGAAGAAGGUGGAGGACAAUAAGUUCUAUGUGAUGACAGAUCGCUGGCAGAAGUUUACGACGACGUCUAUCGAUGAGGCUCUGUUUCACCGUCUUGCUGAAUAUUGUGAUGAGUUUUUAGUCCAUGCUGUGGACGUUGAAGGCAAGCGGUGUGGCAUCCAACAAGAGCUUGUGAAGCUUCUGGCAAAAUGGUGCCCCCUCCCCGUUACGUAUGCUGGUGGUGCCAGUUCCUUGGAUGAUCUGGACUUCGUGGAGCGUAUUGGCAACGGCAAGGUGGACCUUUCGAUUGGUAGUGCUCUUGACAUCUUUGGUGGUGAUAUUCGCUACGAAGAUGUGGUUGCGUGGGACAGGAAGCGUGCCAGCAACUAG